AAGAGCGUGUUGAUUUAUGAGAUGCUGCUAAAUGAGUUCUCUAAAACCAGCAGAGAUCAACAGAUUUGGAUAAUGAUACUCUUGCUACAAUGUUAUCCCAAGGGCUUGUUUUCGGUUUAUACGGCAGUUGCUUUUUUCUUAAAGAGUGGUUUAGUAGGAACCAUACCAUUUCUAAUGCAAAUAAAAGACACUCUGUUCAUGCUCUUUGUGCCGGCGUAUUUAUCGGAAUCCAUUAAUACUGAGUACGAGAAGAUUUUGAAGAUUCUGUGGAAACAGACGCUGUUUUGCAAUGAUAAAGAUCUUUUGCUUGAAAAACGACAUGCGUAUUUGUAUGUGAAAAAUCGGCCAGUACAAUUCAAUGUAUGUAAAGGAAUAACUGUUAAUCUGUCUUUGCCUAUUGGCUUUAUAGGUAUAAGUAUCAGUCAUUUGGUUGUACUUUUACAAUUCAGAAAUGUUCGCGUUAAAUUUUCUUAAAUGUAUUUAUUAUAGCACUGGGAUUUGUGUGUUUCAUAUGAAUAUUAAACUAGUUAUUACCUGCUGCUUCGCACGCAAAGUUGAUGAGGGUAUCGCUAUCUCUAGGAAUAUUAUUGUCAGCAUAUUUCGGUAUAAAC